AUGAAUGUAACUGUAAUGUCGUUUAUUAAAUAUGAAGAUAUUCUCAAGGAAAUGAAAUCUUUAGCUAGAAUAAUUAUAAUAGUAAUAUUUAUGAAUAUCGCGCUAUGUACAGGAUGCACCGAGCCUCAACCUGUUCCACAUGCCUACAGAUAUACUGACAAUAUCAGCCUGCCAGAGGGUAGCUGGGUCAAUUACACCUGUUAUCAUAAUUACUAUUGGAUAGGUGGAGAUCUAAAUAGAGAAUGUCAGGCUGGUGUUUUGACUGGUAAACCUCCUGUUUGUGAUGAAUACAAAAUAUUGUCUCUAGCUCGUUCAGCUAUUCCUAAACCAGGUAGCUUGGGUGGUAAUGGUAACUCUCUUACUGAUGGUGAUGAACGGACUUGUGAAAGUACCACCGCCUCGACAGAACCGAGUUGGACCAUUGAAUUUAAUGGCACUAGAUAUGUGUAUUCUGUUUACGUAACUUUGGACAUGGUCAGCAAUAUCGGUAUAGACAGAAUCGAAGUUUAUGUUCGAAACACAACAUCACAACAUCCAGGGAUUCUUUGUGGUACUAAAAACUCACCACUUUCAUUGACCGAUAUUGUUGAACUUGUUUGUCCACCUAACAGUAUUGGUAGUCAAUUAGUGAUACAAGGUUCUGGAACUGGUUUAGGUGGACUCGGUUUAUGUGAAGUAAAGGCCGUAGGAAAAGACUGGUUGUAUGAAUGUGGAGAUCCACCAUUUGUUUAUGGAGCUGAAGUAACUAGUGACUAUAUAUCACAAGGUCUAGUGGUCGUUCAGUAUUCUUGUGUUAAAGGAUUUUAUUAUGGUGGAAAGAAUCCAGAGUCUACUUGUCGUAGUGGACAGUGGAGUAAAGUCGAUUUACUCUGUCUUCCAUACGAUUCUCUUUAUAACCCAAAACUGAAACAGUUUGUGCCAGAUCAUUGGGUUCUAUUUGAUGAUGAUCAGAAUACUUGUAUCGAAGCUGAUGGUGGUGUAAUUACACACCCAACAAUACAGUACAGAGUGUUAGCUUACAAUCUCUACUCCGUUAAACCUGUAGAACUGUUAAGUUUGACUGUAACUAUCGGAUUAAACGAGACGUGGGACGAUAUAGAUUUUGUUGGUGUUCCUGUACCUCUCCCGGAUUAUAAAGAAUAUGAUGCUCCACCAUGCGAGUAUGAUGGUUUGAGUACAGAUCUAUAUCGAGUGAGAACCUUCUCCUGCCAACCCUACACCUACUCAAAGAUCUUGAACGUUAUAAUUAGAGAUGUUUCAUCGAAUUUCAAAGAAUUUUGCAAGAUAAAAUCUACUAUAAGAUUUAACACAGUUCCUUUAGAGUGUAUACGGGGAGAGUAUAUCAAUGAAUAUAAAGGGAAGAUGAACUAUACAUGGGAUGGGAAAGUCUGUGACAACUGGGCUGAUGCUCCACCAGAUAAAGCCAUCAAUACCACCGUCCAUAAAACAUUUGAUCCGGACUCUGAGUUGAACUAUUGUAGAAAUAUUGGGGGAGAAAAGAGGAGACCCUGGUGUUGGGUUGAUAAUUACCAAUCUGUAGGAUAUUGUCCUCUGACUUUUUGUAAUGAGAUUUGUCAUUUAAAAGAAGAAUAUACCGAGUAUCAAGGGCAGCAAUCCAUCUCAACUUCUGGUAAAAACUGUCGAUAUUGGAGUGAUGGAAAUGAGGAAGGACGAACGUUCUUGAAUGAAGUUUUUUCUGGUGUACAAACUAGAUCUUACUGUAGAAAUCCGGGAUAUUCUCAGUUCAAAGCAUGGUGUUAUGUUAAUGGUCCAGAAUCUACGAUUGUAGCUGAACCAUGUGAUGUUCCCGAAUGUCCAAUUGGUUUUCCUCGGCUGACCGUCAGAAAUAAUGAAACUAGUAAUUUUCCUCUUCACCUUGACCAAUGUUACCAACCACUCAACUCUUUCAACGUCCAUCAUUAUUUUGACCUGACGAUAGACGAAACCAGUGUCAAUAACUUCUGUAGAAAUUUUCAAGAUAAUUCGUUGUUUUGUUUUAAUGGUGUGGAUUGGACGAUGAUAGAAUUUGAAUGCUUUGACGUGCCACCAGAGACAACGACUAUAGCAGAAACUUCUUCUUAUGGUCCAGAAACAACAUUUCUGAUGGAAGAAACCUCAACAAACUUUGUAGAAGAAAUUGAAACAUUUUCUCAAUUUGAGAUUUCGUCAACAAUUGUAGAGAGCUCGUCAGUAGAGGCAAGUCAAUCGAUAUCAGCUAGUUCAAGCCAAUUGUUUGAGGCAAGUUCUUCGUUACAGAUCAGCUCCUUAUUACAGACCACUUCUUCAUUGGAUGAUAGUUCAGUACCAACAAGUACCCUAGUAGAAGCAAAUUCCUCCUUUGUUUCCGAAAGCUUAGCGAAUGCCACAGAAGAAACAACUCGUUCACUACUUCCGUCAUUCAUCUUAUCAACAAUGGAUACGGCAUCGGUAACAUCAGAUCUCCCGGAAACAGCUAGCAUUGACGCCUCUUCAAACACACAUGAUACGUUGUAUACGGAUCAAACUGUGACACCAACCGUCAGCUCAUCCCUCUGGUCUGCUAGUAUCACCAACAACACGGGUCGUAACAUGACAUGUGGAUACUUCUGUAUCAGAGAUGAUCUACUCAACACUAGCGAUCCGUUUGUUAGAGCACGAAUUGAGUUUUUGACCAAGAGUCUGGAAAUGGACUACGAAAAGCUCUCAGCGUCUAUCAGGAAACGCAUCAGUGCUGAGGACGACAGACCAUCUGCGACUUACGUAGGGUCGUCAGCUUUGACCAUGAUGGUAAUUUUUCUUGCCUUGAUCGUUUUCCCUGAUGUGAUAGAUUUGUUUCGGUUUCUACAUGAUCGAAUAUUAUUGAGAAAAAUGAAAGUAGUAAAGAUUGACGAUACGGAGAAAAUUACGUCCCAGUGA